AUCAUAUAUUUCGGUCCUAGAGAAAAUUACUCGGAUAGCCAUUAUCGUAAACACCCUAUAUCGGUGUCGUUGUGCAGACUUUGCCAUAUAAAAUAUCUACGCAACGACACUGAAGUUGUCGAUAGGCAGUACAGAAUAGAUCCCCUGCAUAGAAAGUUGACUGAAAUCUGACGUUUAAAGUUGACAGAAAGUCAACUUUUCGUUAUGACGAAAAGUCGACGUUUUUUUUGUCAUUCGCCGACUAUAAGUCGACUAAAAGUCGACUUUCAUCCUUAAAAAAGUCGACUUCAGGCUAAGUCAAGUUUCGGUGAAGUCGACUUUUUGCUCUUAGGGAAUACAAGCUCUAUGUCCGUCGCUCACUCGCUCGCUUUCUCCCUCUAUCUCUCGAAUGGCCCCGUGGGGAAACGAUGCUAGUUCAGAAGCUUUUAUCUGCACCGCCUGCACGCAGCGCCCGUGGAGGGGACCCCCACUCUUUGGACUGCGCUGAGAAGACAGUUCGAGUGAGAAAGAGACGGAGCUAGGAGCAAAGGAGACGGCAGAUGUUUCCGCCGCUUGACGUAAUCCGAAGAGUGGGAGUCCCCUCCACGGACGCUGCAUGCAGGCAGUGCAGGCAUCGUUGAACUCACUGGGGGUAGUCGCUUGCAGUUGUAACGUCCCAGCGUCCGGAAAAUUUUGUCCAAAAGUUUUCUCGCGAAACUUGUCCAGAUGCAUGCGCGCUGAGUUACCUUACUCAGUAAUGCGUUUCUAUGGCUCAUUUUUACUUUCGUUUAAGUCGUCAUUAUAUAAUAAUAAUUCAAAUAUUAAGCACUUAAUCGUACUUUAAAAUUACGUACAUAUAUAUAUAAAAAUCAUAUAUUACAUAUAUGUAUACUUUAAGUUAUCUAGCAUUAUUUUAACUCUCUUAUCGGUACGAACGCAUAGGCAAUCGGAUCGUUUAAACUUCUAAAUUCUUACUCUCGUAUUGCUUAUGGGUUCGUCGAGGAUUAAUUAACUGUAAGAUAAAUAAGAACCGGAUAUUUGUAAAGGCCCUUGCACGUGCACUGUCGGAUGAUUAAAGAAAUGAUAUCUCGUCAACUGAAUCCUCAAAGAUUCAAACGGAACGGUUCUAAAACAAAAUCUGCUAUUAUCAACACGACGGCGACAGGAUGUCGCGCCUAAAGAAAUACAAUACGAAAUUAAUCCGCGUAAUAUCCGGACUGCGUGUCGGAAGAUCAGGUGAACCAUAGCUAGGCAUUUAACAUAAACAGUUCGUAAGAUAUAUCCAUUUCACGUUGGCGACGAGAUGUCGCGCCCAAGAAAUAAUUAAGAUUGAUAAACCGGCGAGAUAUUUGGUAGUGAAAGCGAUCCUAGCCGAAAAGUAUCCCGGAUCAAAUGAUCGACGAAAUCCUAGACGAGAUAUCUCCGAUAAACAUCCGCACACGUGCAAACGGUCUCACGCGCCUUAUCAGCGACUCCCGAAACUCGGUUCCCGCCAAGCCGCCGAAUCACUCCCACUCUUACCGACUCUUGCGCUUCGCGCGUGUUCCCUACUCCGGAGCGCUAGCGGCCGCUGAGCGCAGCGCCGAUUUUGCUCGAUCCCUUUGUCCGCGCCCUAUUUAAAUCCGCGCACAGACGCCGGAUCAUUCAUUCAUUCAUUCAUUCAUUCAUUUCACUCAGUAUUUUUUUCGACACUCGUGCAGUACCAAUUCAGCGAUUAAGUCAGUCCUUAGUUCUCGGUCACGCGUCACUCUUCAAUCUUCAAGUUAUCUGCAACCUCUCUCGUACUUCGCGAUCAACUCAUUGUUAAUUAAGUUAACCAGUGCGUGCUCCGACAGACUGCUAUCACCAACAUAUCUCUGCGACCAUCUUCAACUGUCAACCCACAUCAACCAUUUAACUAUUAGUGGACCAAACUAUUGCUUCAAACUAUAUUAUAACUCGUACAACCCUCUCCCCUCCCUUGUGCCGCGAUGAAUUCUACAACACCUAAAACUAUCAAGAAGAAUCGCCACCGCGCUGGGAAAAAGAAAAGAGCAAAAAUCCUCAAGGCUCAACAAAAAGCCCUAGAGCGGGCUUUCGAGGAGAUUGAGAAUUUCGUGGGCUACCCGCUGGAACACACCCCCCUUCCUCCUCCAGUCACAGACGCUCUGCCAGGAAGAGCAAUCUCUUCCCUUGAUCUGUUCCAAGAAGACACCGUCCCUUUGGAAAACUAUAACCAGUUAACGUCUAACGCGCCCGAAAUAAUCACGCUUAGCGAUUCCGAUCACGAUUCUCCGGAGUUGGAACCUUUAGAUCCAACUGCGGAAUACCAUAGCGAUGCAGUAGCACAGAUUAUUAUAUUUCCUCCAGAGAAUUAAAUAAUACAUGUAAUAAUCCUAUACGUUGUUUUAUUAAUAAAUAUAUACAUAUAUAUAUA